AUGGCUUGUGGGAGCACCACAGCAUCUGCGACAUGGAACAUGUCAUCACUGAAGGCGGCUCUUCCGUCGGUUCCAAUUCAGGCUGCUUCUUCGGUUCAUUUUUCAAUUGGGUUACCUUCUCAAAGUUGCAGAAAGAUCCCCACUAUCAAAUUGCCUGCUCCAGUUCCUGUUCAGUCAUUUGUCGGACUUGCUCCUUUCAACCCUCUUCUCUCCAUCUUUUCCGCAGAUUCAUCCACUUUUGAGCACUCUUUCAACAUUAUCGACACUGGGGGCCGUUUCUUUGCCAUGAGACAUGGGAGGAAAGUUCCUAAACUGAACAGGCCUCCUGAUCAGCGACGUGCUCUUCUGCGUGGUCUUACUACUCAGCUCUUGAAGUAUGGGCGGAUCAAGACUACUAGAGCUAGGGCUAGUGCUAUGAGGAAAUAUGUCGACAAGAUGAUUACAUUGGCAAAAGAUGGUUCUUUGCACAAGAGAAGGCAAGCCCUUGGCUUUAUUUAUGAGAAGCAGAUUGUCCAUGCACUGUUUGCUGAAGUACCAGAAAGGUAUGGGGAAAGAAAUGGAGGAUACACACGGAUCAUCAGAACGUUGCCCAGGCGAGGAGACAAUGCACCUAUGGCUUACAUUGAGCUGGUUUAG